CCCCAGGAGACACUGAUGUGCUUAUCACCAUCCCCAUUGUGCUGAUGGGGAAACUGAGGCACAGAAGGGUUCCCUAACUUGCCUGAGAAAACACUGAGAUUUCUCAGACAAAGCUGCGAUUUGAACCCAGGUGCCCAGGUGCCUUUAACCUGGAUGCAGACUUGGACAGAGACCCCCAACCCACAUUGUUUGUCUCAACAACAGCCUUGACCCCCUGAGUUGCAGAGGCUGACAGUAAUAACCAUGUGCUUGAUUUUCUGUACUCUGAUGCUUUGACACCAGGGGCCGCCCCUCCCAGAGUUACCAGUUCCUGGAAAUAGGGACUGGCCCAAGCGCAUGCCUCUCCUGUACAAACCAGCCAACCCAGAGCCCACACCCCAACCACCCAGGCCACCAUCCACCUGCCCUGGUCUCCCGGGGCAGGGUACUGGACACCUCAGGACAGCCCCUGUGCCCCAGAGCCUGCUGAAAUGGCUCAACCAGCCACUCUUUACCCCACCUUAUCCCACAGAAAACACAAGGAAGCUGCUUGCUCAUGGUCUGCCUCGUGGGCACCCCUGGUGCGUCCCCAUGUGGCCCAUGUGGCAUGCCCCCUCCUCUGGGAAAGCUAAUGUGACCCUGGCCAUGGCCGUGUUCACCAUCCUGACCUUCAUCUAUUUCUUCAACAAGUUUUGUCAUCUUGGUCUCUUUCUCUCCCAUGUCUCUGUAUAUCUCCCUGUUUUCCUCUCUCAGGCUCAGCAGUGAGAAGACGCAGUAACUCCCCACCCAAUGGCCCUGCCUCUCCGGCUACCAUCGCUCUGAGGCCAAAUAAAUGUAACUGAAUCCGCA